CUGUCGUCCAAGCACAUAUUGUGCCCAAAACCACCAGCAUUUACCGCCUGAAGCCCACUUCCGUGACAUCGUACGUGAAUAAGUAGAAAAUGGAGGGAGGCGUCGACGUGGGGGACGAUACACAUCAGGCCGAGCGACCAGUAGAACACGAAGGAGAUGCAGCAGCGGACAACAAGUUCCAGACAGCCAUAGGGGCCUGGAGAAAUAUUGACCUCACAUCUCUCAUUCCGCAGCUCGAUACUGUUGCCUCGGACAUUGUCACACAUCAACGAGAUGCGCUUACCCAGCGCAAAGACCUGGCGCAGAAGACCAAAGACUUCCGGAAGUUGGACGAUGCAAGCAAAUUGAAUGAUAUCAAGGGACUCUUGAAGGCUUACCAAAGCUUCAUUGAUGUUAUCUCCAACCAGUCAAAGACCGUCCAAGCGGCGUUCUUUCAGUUGUACUCGCCUCUGUCCGAAGCGCCCGAUCCAUAUCCACUAUUAGAAGCCUCCGUCGACUCUCUCGUGACCGCUGAGGAGACCCUCCCGAAGCUUACUUCCGAAAACCAGCAUCUACAGAAGACGGUCGCCAACCUAACGAUCCAGCUAGAACAAGCCGAGAAGAAGCUGGAAGAGGAGCGCACCGCUCGCAAGUCACUGGAGGACACGCGAGACUCCAAGAUCAAGGAGAUCGAGGCGUCAUGGUCAGCGGUUCUCACAGAGAAGCAGGAUAACUGGGAAGCUAAAGAGAAAGCAUUGGAAGAGAAGUUGGAAAGUCAGGACAAGUUACUGAAAGAGUUGAAGGCCAGCUACGAGGUGGCUCAGAGACUAGGCCGCGGCGAAGAAGCCGAAGGGGAUACCAACCGUGGAGCUACAGCUGCAGAACUGGAAAUUGUGAGUUCGGAGCUGGAGAGGACAAGCCACCGUCUAGCAGAGGUGGAGGCAAGGAACGAACAGUUACGGUUGGAGCUGGCCCAGUCCGCAUCAGCGCAAGCCACGCAGCAGAUUCCUGUCGAGGACGACCCAGCUUUCCUCCGUCUACGAUCCGAGAACUCGUCUCUCCUACGAAAGCUGGAAACCGCUAGAUUCGAGAAGGAGCAAGAGCGCACACGUUUGGAGACGGAGACUCGCAGUUUGGAACGAGAGAUCAAGUCUCUGAAGAGCGAAAAGGAGUCGCUGCGAGAGAAGGUUCAGAAGUGGAGCGACUACGAGAAUGUCAAGCAGGAGCUUGAGGUUCUAAAGUCCAUCGAGUUCGCAACCGGCGACGACGACGAUGACGCUACCGAAGAGGGACUCCCACAGAACGGCCCCUCCAGCAAAGGCAAAGGCGAAACCCUCGAGCAACUCCUCCUAGCCCGCAACAAGAAGCUCAGCAACGAGCUCACCGUCCUCCGCGUCUCGCACCAGGACCUGCAAAGCCGCCUCGAGGCUCUGCAAGAAGAACUGUCCUCCACCAACAUGGAGCUGGAGAAAUCCAGAAACCUCAACGAAACUCUGGAAGCGGACCUCGAAAAGGUUCAGCGCGAAGCCGCCAACGCCUUCGACUCCUCAGCCAUGUCUGUAGCCGGAACAUACACCUCGCGCUACCCGCAAUCCUCCUUCGCAGGCACUCGUCGCGGUGGCCGCUCCACCUCUCCCACAUCCUCCAUCAUCUCUGGCUUCGACCCUGCCUACUCUUCCUCCAACCCCACCCUCGCCUCCCUCCGCGCAGGCGACUCGGGCGCUCCAGGGGGUCCCCAAGGCAUCCUCCCCAUGAUAACCGCACAACGCGACCGCUUCAAGAAGCGCAACGCAGAGCUCGAACACGAGCUCCAGAAAUCCUACAAGACCAUCUCUUCUCUCCGCUCCGAGAUCUCGGCGUUGCAGAAAGACAACCUCGAGCUUUACGAGAAGACGAGAUAUGUCUCGAGUUACAACCGUGCAACGGGGACAUCGGCACAAGCCGCUUAUAAUAAUAGUAAUCAUACGAAUCCAUCGACGAUACAAAUCGCCCCGGAUACAAGUUCCGGCCUCACCAUGGAUCGAUACCGCUCCGCCUACGAGAGCAACUUAUCCCCAUUUGCGGCGUUUCGCGGUCGCGAGUCUGCGAGGGCGCUGAAGCGCAUGUCUGUCUUUGAGAGGAUGGUGUUGCGCGUGACGAAGCUGGUGCUGGCGACGAGGACGAGUAGGAAUCUGUUUGCGCUGUAUUGUUUGAGUUUGCAUUUCCUGGUGUUUUAUAUGCUGUGGAGUGAUGCUUCAGGGUCGGGGAUGGGGUCCGUGGUUGUGCCCGCUGGACCGGCGACACAUCUAGGUGGGGGACCUGCUGCAGGGGGUGGUGGAGGUGGUGGAGGUGCUGCGGCUGUGGCAGGCAAUGAAGCUGGCCCUCUGCAGGGAUGAGAGUGUGAGGUAUGAUAUUGAUGAUUUUGCUGCUGUACCGCUAAUAGCGAGCGUGUAUCAUUAUGGCGCUCUCCUAAGAAUCUUCUAAGGUUCGGGCAGGAGGCGUUAUUGUGCGCCGAUAACCCUUCCAUCUCAACUGCGAGAGCUGCUGGGUUUUAGUCACCAGGCCCAUCUG